AUGUCAGCCUACAAAGGACAUCUCUCUCCUCCAAAGAACUUUACCCCCAAAAUGUCCUUCCCCACUAGCUCUCCUGCGGCAAACACAUUUCUAGUGGACUCGCUCAUUGGCGCGUGCAGGACGGACAGCUUUUACUCCAGCAGCAACAUGUACAUGCCGUCCGGCUCAGAAAUGGGAACUUACGGAAUGCAAACCUGUGGACUCCUGCCGUCUUUCGGCAAAAGAGGGGAGGUCAGCCACCAAAAUAUGGGCAUGAAUGUCCACUCGUACAUACCUCAGAUAGAUAACUGGACUGACCCGAGCAGAGCCUGCAGAAUAGAGCCGUCCACUCAGAUGACAAACUGUUCAUUUUCACAGAGCAUAAAGGAAGAGAGUAACUGCUGCAUGUACUCCGAUAAGAGAGUGCAGAAAGUCAGCGUGACAGAAGUGCCCGCUUACUCUCAUGUGCUCCCCGAGUCCUGUCCCGCAGACGGUCCGGAGAUCCCGGUACCGGGAUAUUUCAGACUGAGCCAAACUUAUGCCAAUGGGAAGCAUCAGGAAAACUACUGCCAUGAGCCGCCGAGUCCGAACCCCACAUUGAUGCAGCUCAGUCGGCUCACCCCGAAGCCGCAGUCCGCCUCCUCCUCCUCUUCAUCGUCCUCUAAUUUUGCAGAGGUGGAAAAGAAAAGUGAAGACGUCCAGCCGCAGGAUUCCGAGACCUCGAGGACUCCGGUCCCCGCGGAAAGUCCGGACCCAAAGUCCGGCUGUGAGGAGAAAAGCUGCACCAUGGACGCGCCUGUGUCCAGCCCUGAGCUGCAGCAGCAGCAGCAGGAAGGGAAAGACUGCAAGAGUGACACGCCGACGAGCAACUGGUUAACAGCCAAGAGUGGCAGAAAGAAAAGAUGCCCCUACACCAAGCACCAGACCCUGGAGUUGGAGAAGGAGUUUCUCUUCAAUAUGUAUCUGACCCGAGAGCGCCGCCUAGAGAUCAGCAGGGGCGUCAACCUCACCGACAGGCAGGUCAAGAUCUGGUUUCAGAACCGCAGGAUGAAACUGAAGAAAAUGAACAGGGAAAACCGCAUCCGUGAACUGACCUCAAACCUCACCUUUUCGUGAGCUCGCAUUUGUCAGUGGUUUCUUUUGUUUUCAUUUUUUUCCCCCUCUUUUUAUUUGUAUGUCUCUCGUAUUCAGUUUGAUGCUUUUGGUGGCAUUGGACGUUCAUCUUUAAUUUCAGCGAAACUGUGACUAUAUAUAUAUAUAUAUAUAUGCCAUUUUAGUACUUUGUGUGGCGUCUCGUGGCCUAUAUAUGUUUUGAUUUUUGGUUUUGUCACAUCAGGGUAACACGUUUUGUUCUUAAAUUAUUGGAGAAGUAGACUUCGUCUCUCCCCUCCUCCUCCUCCUCCUCCUCCUCCUCUGUCCGUGGACAUGGAUUCUAUUCUAUUGUGUCAGGGUGGUGAGUUCGCUUUGUUGAAAGACGUUGCUUUAUUUGAGUCAUGAAAGCACAUUUAUUGUCGUAUAGUGCAGCGUUUGUUUUACAGUGAGUGCCAGACAUUUGCUCUAUGGUGAAGUGUUUCUAUGUGGGCCUUUUAAAGUGGCGGAAAAACGGUGUUGAUCUGUGAAUUUUACUGCAUGUUUGUGGCAUGUAUAUCUUGCAAUAAAUAUGAUUGUCAAAUAA